AUGGAAGAGGAACCUGAACGGACAAAGCGCUGGGAAGGAGGCUACGAGAGAACAUGGGAAAUUCUUAAAGAAGAUGAAUCCGGCUCGCUGAAACCGACCAUCGAGAGUAUCCUCUUCAAGGCAAAGCGGAAAAGACUCUAUGAACACAAUGGGCAAGUUCGACUUGGAAUGAUGCGUCACCUUUACGUGGUUAUUGAUGGAUCGAGAAGUAUGGAAGACCAAGAUUUAAAACCGAACAGGCUUACUUGCACUUUGAAGCUAUUGGAGUAUUUUGUUGAAGAGUACUUUGACCAAAAUCCUGUUAGUCAGCUUGGCUUAAUUGUAACCAAGAGUAAAAGAGCUGAAAAAAUGACAGAACUUUCAGGUAACACAAAAAAGCACUUAACUGCUCUGAAGAAAGCAGUGGAUAUGAACUGCAUUGGAGAGCCAUCUCUCUAUAAUUCCCUAAAUUUGGCUAUGCAGACUUUAAAGCACAUGCCAGCACAUACAAGCAGAGAGGUUUUGGUAGUCUUCAGCAGCCUGACGACAUGUGAUCCAGCCAACAUCUAUGAUCUAAUUAAGUGUUUAAAAGCAGUUAAGAUCAGAGUGUCUGUCAUCGGCCUAAGUGCUGAGGUUCGAGUUUGUACAGUACUUGCCCGAGAAACUGGUGGAACAUACCAUGUUAUUUUAGAUGAAAGUCAUUAUAAGGAACUGCUGAUGCAUCAUGUUAGUCCUCCACCUGCCAGUUCAAGUUCUGAGUGCUCCCUUAUUCGAAUGGGUUUUCCUCAGUAUGCUAUUGCUUCUCUAUCUGACCAAGAUGCAAAGCCAUCCUUUAGCAUGGUGCAAUUGGAAAACAACAGUGAGCCAGGUCUUACACUGGGUGGAUAUUUCUGUCCCCAGUGUAGAGCCAAAUACUGUGAACUUCCUGUGGAAUGCAAAAUCUGUGGUCUCACAUUAGUCUCUGCACCUCAUCUGGCUCGGUCUUACCAUCACUUGUUUCCUUUGGAUGCCUUUCAGGAAGUUCCCCUGGAAGAGUAUCAGGGGGAACGGUGUUGUCAAGGCUGCCAGGGAGAAAUGAAAGAUCAAAAUGUUUACAUAUGUAAAGUGUGCCAGAACGUGUUUUGCGUGGAUUGCGAUCUGUUUAUUCAUGAUUGUCUGCACUGCUGUCCUGGCUGUGUUCAUGGGCACUCUGCUCCCACGUCUGCAUGA